AUGGUGGUUCGAGCAUGUCAAAAGCACCCGGACAUCUACAGCAGCUACUCUUCCCCCGCCAUCACCUUUGUCAACACCACCACUACGCCCCCUCCAACACGCCCAAGGCACUCCCGCACCGCCCGCCAGAUCCCUACCGACCUGGCCGGCCACCCUGAGCCACCGAUGCCAGAAUCAGCCAUAGCCGCAACAUAUCGGGGUCACGUUGCCUCUACCCAGGACGCCUUGAUCGUCAUCGAAGCCUGCUUCCGGGGCGUGCUGUACCACACCUGCCGCCGCCCGCGGUCAUCCGAGGAGUCAUCGCUUGCGAAGAGCGGGAACAUCUUUGUGUAUGAGAGCCGGUCGUCGGGCAUCAGGAACUGGGAGGACGGGAUAACGUGGUCGACGCCGCAGAGGGUCGGCAACUUUGAGAUUUGCCGGCAGCUGUCGUCGUCCUCGGGCCGCAGCAGGUCGAACGGAAACCACAGCAGUGCCGGGAGAUUGUGCAGGAAGUCGAUGAGCGUGACCGUCCGCGGCAUCACACACCACCUCAUCGCUUACUUCAGUUCCCGAGACUUCACGGCAAAUACCCUCCUCUCCCCGUCUGCAGACUUCGGCUUGGCGGACAUCAUCCCACGCCCAGAGCUGUACAGUCAGGGCUUCCGAGCGCCCAUAGAUGAAGACGACCGUGAUGAGGUGAUGCUCCUGCUGAGGUAG